CAGUUGUCUGUGUCAAAUUAAAAGUCCUCUAAAAGAGCGAGUUUUAGGUCUACCGUCUUAACAUGGUUCCUUAAUAACAUUAACUUUCAGCACAAACGGUCUGAUUUUAACAGUGACUAAGAGUACAUGACCUGAAUAAGCGGCACGGGUCUAGGAUAGCAGUCCUCUCUUUGUGUUAGUGACUUGUUUACAUCGAGAAAAGCCUGGCCUGAGCGGGGAGCACCACCUCCUGCACUGAUACAGCCAGCCUGCGAGCGGAUGAAUGUCUGUGAUUUUGCCGCCGACAAAAGGACUCCAUGUCUUUCUUGGACUGUUCCUGCAUAUCCCACUCUCAGGUCCAGCCCAUGGACAUAGAGGAGCGCUAUGAGGACACCAGCCACCAGUUCCUGAGCUGCGACGGUUCUGAGUUCACGCUUCAAGGGCCAGCGGGUGGCGAUGACAUCACAGGGCUGUCAGCGGAGCCGGCGCACUACCAGCUGCUGUCGGAGCUGGGGAGGGGCUUCAAUAACCUGAGCCAGGUGAGCAUGGCGCGCCACACCCCCACCGGCCAGCUGGUGGCGCUCAAACACACCAACCUGGACGAGUGCACGGAGGAGGAGCUGCUGCAGCUCCUGAACGAGGUUCUCCUGUCCCGGUUCUUCCGUCACCCAAACCUGCUGACCUCCCGCCUCGUCUUCAACUCCUGCUGCCAGCUGUGGGUGCUGACGCCGCUCAUGGCCUACGGCUCUGCAGACACCUUACUGAAAACCUACUUCCCAGAUGGAAUGAGUGAAUCCCUGAUAGCCUACCUGCUGUACGGAGUGCUGAAAGCCUUGGAGUAUCUGCAUCGGAUGGGCUACGUUCACCGGUCUGUAGAAAAGCGGAGUAUACUCCGUAAUAAAGCUUCAACCCACUUGUAUCUUAAAGCCUUGUUCCUCUCGGCCAGGGGGGUGAAGGCCAGUCACAUCCUGCUGUCAGGAGAGGGGCAGGUCUACCUCUCAGGACUCCACAGCAUCUACAACAUGAUGCGUGACGGGAAGAGGAUGAGGGCUGUGUUUGACAUGCCGCACCACAGCCCGGCGCUGCUGCCGUGGCUCAGCCCCGAGCUGCUGCGCCAGGACCUGCACGGAUAUGGAGUGAAGUCGGACAUCUACAGUUUGGGCAUCGUAGCGUGCGAGCUGGUGAGCGGCAGGGUGCCUUUCCAGGACAUGCCCCCCACUCAGAUGCUGCUUCAGAAGCUGCGCGGCUCCCACUGCUGCCUGAUGGACGUGGCCCCCUUCCCGCUGGGGGAGCUGGGGGGCCUGAAGGUGUCGCGCUCCGGGGUUGACUCCGGCAUCGGGGAGAGCGUGGCCACGGGGAGCCUGACGCACAGCGCCACCGCCCCUCCCACCGACCGACCUCAGAGCCCCGGACCCAAGAACCACUCGGCCACGCUGCACAGCCUGGUCCAGCUGUGUCUGCAGCAGCAGCCCGAGCGCAGGCCUUCAGCAUGUGAACUUUUGAGCCACGCCUUCUUCAAACAGGUGAAGAGGCAGACCAGAGACUCCUUCCUCAGCCUCACGUACCCGGCAGCGCCCCUCACCAGCCCCGAAGACCCGCCAGUAUCCAGCCCGCCCACCCCGUCCUGCCACGCCCCAAGCUCCCCCGACCCUGCAGACGCUGUGUGGGACUUCUCAUGAUCCAGCCCCCCCCCCCAACCCGCUGCCCCGGUGUCCAACUCAAGACAAUCAAAGAGAAGCAAUGAGGCCAAACUCUACUGUGCUUUCCUUUUAUAUUAUUAUCAGCCCAACUCUCUGAGCCUUUUGCCAGUAGUUUUGUAGUAUUUUGGGGUUGUUUUUUUGUUUGUUUUAUUGUUUUCGGGUCAGGGGUCGAUGACUGUGAAAGUGCCGGAUCAAAGAAGCUGCUCUGAUCCCUUGGUAACUACGGUAACCACGGUGGGCGGUCGGUCGGCAAGCCUUAGAACAAGUCCGAUGACGAGUAAUCACGCACUUCCUCCAACCUAGAAGCAACUACGAGUUAAAGGAAAAGUCCACCUCUAGAAAUGUGUGAGAUACUUCAUCGCCUGCUGCUCUUCUUCUUCUUAAAUGCCACUAACUUUACCUUAAAAACGCACCAAGUACAGGUAACGCUAGCACGGUUACCCAUCACAUUAGAAAGUUACGAAUGGCUGGAUUUUUAAGUUGUUUUUCCUUUAAGUACGAUUAUUGUUCAGACUGUGAAUACAGAGGUACAUAAGAUUUCCUAAACGUGCAUUUAUAUUGAUUGCUGAUGGAGGUUUCGGAAGAAAGCAUGAAAACUCUGUGGAGUCCCUGCUCAGUCAAAUACGGAAGAGUAUCAGGGCCAGGCAGGAGAAAAAUAAAGAUAAUAAUUUAGAGGAGGAAGAUUUUUUUCAUUAUGCACUUCGAGUAAAAAGUCGAAAUGUCGAGGAAAAAAGUUGAAAUGUCGAGAAAAAAGUCGAAAUGUCGGGAUUAAUGUUGAAGUACAAUUUCGAGAAAAAAGUCAAAAUGUUGAGAAAGAAGUCGAAAUGUCGAGAAUAAUGUUGAAGUACAAUUUUGAGAAAAAAGUCGAAAUGUCAAGAUUAAUGUUGAAGUACUAUUUCGAGAAA